AUGAUUGGAAGUGAUGGUGCCGUCAUCGAGCACAGAUCCUAUGCCCGGGUCGGGCUACUGGGCAACCCCAGCGAUGUGUACAAUGGGCGCACAAUAUCAUUCAGCCUCGGGAACUUCUGGGCUCAAGUUAGAUUGGAGCCUUCUGAAAAUCUUUCGAUCCUUCCUCACCCAGCUCUUGAUCUCCUCCAAUUCGAUUCUCUUCCUCAUUUGCUAUUGACCAUUGAAGCUUUCGUUUUUGUUUGGUUGUGCUUUUGGAUAAUGGGAUUCUCAAAUUCCUUUUCGGCGGGUGUUGUUAGUAAUGAUGUAGAUUUGAAUCUAUGGUUAAUCGGUUACAAACUGAUGGUUAUUAUGGAAGGGUAUGUCUGCUCAUGGCAAUUUGUAAAAUUUUCCACAAUUAUUGCAAUGAAAAUGGCAUCAGAUUACAUAUGGGGAACUUUACACUGGCUUACGAUACUAACAUUCCCCGCCAGCUGCCUUCUUGAUUUCUACCAAGUCAGGCACCUGAUAAACGUCGAAGUCCGGCCAAACCUUAUACUCAAUGCAGAGAAGGAACUGGGAAUUGUUGCUGGCCUCCAAGAUAGAGUAGCUCAAGUUUAUGAAGGCCUCGUCUAUAUGGAUUUUAACAAGAAACACAUGGAAGACUUUGGGCAUGGUGAAUAUAUACCUAUGGAUGAAGGUCUUUUGCCACCACUCUACCUUAUCUAUGCCGAGAACCCUAGCGAUUCUGGAAAGGUUCAUAGUACGGUUAGACAACGGUGGUUAAAUGGUGAAAAAUUCAUCAUAUCAUCAAUGGAGGAAGUUGCUAGCAUUGCAUUGGAAGGAAGGACAGCAUUGCUCGAAAAGGACUAUACAAAAUAUGCAAGCCUCAUGAACCGUAACUUUGAUUUGAGGAGGCAAAUGUUCGGAGAUGAUUCCCUUGGUGCCCUAAACAUUAAAAUGGUCGAAAUUGCUAGACGUGUUGGUGCUGCUUCAAAAUUUACAGGCAGUGGAGGUGCAGUUGUUGUGUUUUGCCCCUAAGGACCCUCACAAGCGAAGCUUUUGGAAGAUGCCUGCAAAACGGAUGGUUUUAUUUUUGUGCAGAUCAAAGUCAUGCCAUCUUUUCUGAAUGAAGUUGAUCGCGGAACCAUGUCAACAAGAUGAAACAUGAUUCGUGUGUCUGCCCAUAUUUGGGUGGAUGCUUUUUAAUUCUUUUAUUUUUUUUGGCCUUGUGAAUUGUGAUCAUAAAUAAGGCUACAACAUCUUCUUCACCAGAUUGGACAUGAUGAUACAUGAAUACUUUGAUAAUAUAUCCAGAUUCUGUGUUAUCUCAAACUUCUCUGUAUGACUUUGUAAUGCAUUACCAUGUUCUGAAAUUUUAGAAAGAAUCACCAGCAUCCAUCUUUGCGAAAACCGAAACAUUUGCCUUGCUUUGGAGGUUUUGCCCGAGAAAAUUUGUAGAAGUUUGAGAUUAACAAGCCCUUGUAAAAUCUAAAACUAGCAGUAAUGCUGCUAAAUUUUUAGAUAAAGAUGUAGAAGGAAAUGAA